AUGAUCGACCAGCGCAUUUUCGAGGAUCUCCAGACUAAGAUCGACGAGGAGACUACUGUCCGAGAUGAGCUACACGAGAUUGUUCAGACCCUUGCACGGAAAGGUCGAUCUACGACAGCUAUUCUUGCACGGGCACACUCGACCCCGUCUGAUCAGAUCAAGCCCGUCCUGGACGAUGCGGCCGCGGAAAUAAACGCGCAGAAGCAGGAGGUUUUCCGCCUGAAGGCUGUGGCUGACCAGCACCCAUUCUAUAAGUACAAUGGCUUGUGGACUCGCGAGCUUCAGAACCUCGUCGCUUCAAUUGAGCUGUGUGCAUGGCUCGGCGGACUGCAGGAGCACAAGACCAGCUCCGCUUCAUUCAUGACAAUCGAAGAGGUGGGCAAGUUCUUGGACAUCCCUGUCAACCUGAAGGAGCAGGAUGCCUUCCACUUGACUAUUGAGGAGUAUCUCCUGGCGUUGAUUGCCAUGGUGGAAGAACUGUCGCGUCUGGCUGUCAACUCGGUUACCCUUGGUGACUACGAUCGCCCUCUUCAGAUCAGCAACUUUAUCAAAGAUCUCUUCUCCGGAUUCCAGCUGCUUAACCUGAAGAAUGAUAUUCUGCGGAAGCGCAGCGACGGCGUCAAGUACAGUGUCAAGAAGGUCGAGGACGUCGUCUACGACCUCUCCUUGCGGAACCUGAUUCCCAAAGGCGGCGCCGCGGCUUGA